AUGGAGAAGCCAUCAGAGGAGUUCGACCCAUCAGAGGAGGUGGUCCACCCACUCGUGGACUCGGAACCUUCUCAGACGGAUGGACAAGACUCCUCGGAUAAUUCGGGAAUCUCCCAGCCAGACAACUUAGAAAAGGACAUGAGAAAGCUGACCAUCGACCCGAGUGCCAAGAAGCCUCCUGCUUCCCUGGCAGGACUUAAACUUCAGCGCAGCUGCCGCAGCCGCAUUCUCCACCGAGCAAUUAAGAUGAGAAAUGUCGAGAACAAAAGUGAGAAGAUCUUGAGGGAGGUCCAAAGUGCCUUUCCCAAGAGAAGAGUCCGCACACUGCUGUCUGUGCAAAACAAUCCUGUCGCGAAGAUGAAGUGA